GGGGGAGAUAUGGUCUCGACGACUUAAGCCGCAGAUACACCUAGCACAAUCAUUAAACGAAACUGAAAGACGACGGAUUGUGUCACUAUCCGCCGCAAAGAAGAGCUCUGCUCCAUAGUUGAAGAAAGGAAGAAGAGGCGCUCGCGCGAGGAUCAAGCGAGUAUCAUAGGGUGUGAUGUCCCAGAAGCGUCGAAGGGUAUAAAGAGAAUAGUUGACCUUACGGCAAAUAAAAUUGGCCUGAUCAGACCAGGAGAGAGUUGUGUUGAAGAUUACACCUAGAUUUUUGACCUGAUCAACGAAAGGGAUAAUUUCACCGUGUAUGUGUAAAGGAUAAAGAUCAGGGAAAGCAGUUUUUUUUGGAGAUAGCAAUAGCUUGAGACUUUUUAGGAUUCAAAACUAAUCCAUUUAAUGAAUCCCAGUGUUCAAUAUAAGAGAGAUUUGCAUUCAUAAGAUCGAAAGCUUGAAGAGGAUUAGAGGAAUCUCCCUCCACAUAAAUUUGGAGGUCAUCAGCAUAUAGAUGAAACAAGCAGUUACGUAAAACUGAGGGUACAUCAUUAAUAAGAGAGAAAACAGCAAAGGACCAAGAAUUGAACCCUGCCCAAUGCCCUUACUUAAGAAGGUUGGUGGUGUGACGUCCUGACCAAAUCUGACAAUUUGCGAUCUACCGCCUAUAAAGUAAGACCGAACAAGGGCUACUACUGAAGACGAGAAUUUAAAAACAGUGCAUAAGUGCAUAACUUGUAGCAAAGAAGGUUGUGGGAAAGGCUAUCAAAGGCCUUAGUGAAAUCUAGAAGGACCAGAAUAACAAAAUGACUUCGAUUAAGAGCUGAAGAGAUAUCAUGAUUUACCCUAAGAAGGGCAGUCGUAGUGGUGUGACCCUUACGAAACCCCGACUGCAAGUCACAUAGCAGUCCAUUGUCAUCCAAAUGUUGAGAGAUUUGUUCAUGAAGGAGGAAUUCAAACGCUUUUGAAAGAACAGGAAGCAGGCUAAUAGGCCUAAAAUCAGAUGGAGACUUAUGGCCUCUACACACUAGAGAAAUUUAUGUCCAUAUUGAAGUGAAUUCCAUACGCUUGGGCAGGAAAACUCUUCAAUAUGGACAUAAAUUUCUCUAGUCUGUAGACGCCAUUAGGGUUUGAAAUUUUGGGAAUCGGUACUACAAGAUUUAUAGAGGUACUACAAGGUUUUUACAAUAUUUCUUCCAUUUCUUCCAUAUUCCGCUUCAAUAAUAUUAUGGAAGAGUUAUAUUGAUGAUUUUUGUCUCAGAGUGCAGGGGUAAACAGUAUUGAAAUACAAUAUGGAAGAAAAACGAUCCAUAUUGAAAAGAAUAUUGAAGAAAUUGCCUACACACUAGAAAAAUUUACUUCAAUAAUACAAAUUUAUGUCCAUAUAUUUUACUAAUGUGUAAGCGAUUUUCAUCAAUAUUAGAUUAUUAUUGAUUGCGAAUAUUCAUGAAAUUUUUUCCUGGUGUAAUAGACAGCUUUAAUGUUCCCUUUUACAAUGAUCUUUAAAAAUAACUUGACCGGACCUUCGAUGUUUUUGAAGCAAUUUCGAUGAUAUUUUAGUAUGUUUUAUAUAAGAUCGAGACCUUUCUGAUAAAAUAGGUCGCACUCGUCCUUACUCAACUCCACUGUUACCCCAACCUAUAUUAUACUGAAAUUGACUGGACCUUAUCUCUAAUAUUGACAAAUUUCAUAUUUUCAAAGAAUAAUUACCAAUACCAAUGAUGAAAGGUAAAGACAAUAAAUUAAACGAAUAAAUCCGCAGUUUACCAUUUGUUCAAACAAGCUCCUAAAAAUUCCAUAGAGACAUUAGAACUCAAAAAUUUACUCUGAGAGACUUUACUCGAAAAAGGGGGAGCAUCUUGAGCAGUUGUUCAAAUAUCUACAUCUGAUCCAAAAUUGACGAAAUUCUAUAUCAUGACGCUUAAAUGAAUGACGAAAAGAGUUGGAUGACGAUCUCCAAAAGAGCUUUUUGGAGGUAUAAAAAGACCAAGAUUACCUGGAGUAUUCACAGUUUUGGCAACUGAGUUCCCAAGUCGUGAUCUUGAGAAAAUCAUUUGCAAUUACCAUGUUGUCUCUGCGACUUAUUGUACUUGUGACAUUGGCUGGGUCUGCCUUGACCGAUAAUAGUCCCAGGCUACCACUGAAAUUGGCUAUCGGAAGCCAUGGCACCAUGACGUGCAGUGGGUCCGCAGUAUCUGAUAAUACCAUCCUGAGUUCAGGCUAUUGUGUCAUGGGUCGUGGCAAUGUUGAAGUCUUGGUUCGUCCUGAAGGAAUAACCCUCAAUGAUUCUGGAAACAUUUACUUCGCUAACCGCAUUGUCUUCACGCCUAAUGAAGAUCCUACGACCAUGAGCAAUGAUUACGUACUAUUGACGGUUGAUAGAGAUCUCUAUGGAGGCGAGGGUUUCAAAGCUCCUGAUUUGGCCGAUGAUGAUAUGACUGUGGCUUCAGGUGAUAUCUGCACAACUGCCCGCAGAUCAGCAAGUUAUUCCGCUUACUACUACUGGCCCGAAUUCGAAUACUAUAACGUCAAAAUCAUCGAUGAUGCUCAGUGCGAGGAACUCUUCAUGGAGCAAUACACCGAUGACUUUAUUUGCGUAGGUGCUAUCGAUCCCACGGCACAGUUUCCCGAUAAUCAGUGCCAGACCGAGACUGGAGCUCCUCUCGUUUGCGCUGACAAACUCUUUGCUAUAGCUACUUGCGAGUUGUCCUGCUCCGGAUCAGUUUGCGCCUACAGGAGAAUUUCUUCCCUCCGCGACCUUAUUGGCCAAUAAAAAAGAGAUGUCCUACUUUGAAAAAGACCCGACAACCAGUGUUGUAUUGCAAUUAUAAUUGUAAUACACAUUUUCUGUAUCUCGGCAAUAUAUGAAGCAUAAAAAUAAACUAUCAAGCAAUUGAAAAAA